AUGGAAAAUUGUGAGUAUAUCGAGUUCGGCCUCCCAGGAUCCGUGCUGUACCGGGGCUUUCUCCUGUCCGACCCUCCCACUUCCGCAAAGUCGACUUCCAUCAUCCAAUCUGGGCGAAGUCAGGACGACACCGUGAUUCUGCAUCCAAUCUCCACGUGGAAUGACGUUCCAAUUCGGCCUGCUGACUCAGCUUCAUCAUCAGAUGACGGUAGCGGCCUUGCUGGAACAUCUCAGCCGUCAAUCAACCAGCUUCCUAUUGGCAAGAGAAGUUGUGCAACGGCAGCCGCGGCUGUGAAUGGGCUUAUGGCGGGCGACAGCAUUGCUAUGGUUUGCUGCACACCCCGUAACUCGUGGGUGCAAAUCGAGGCAGCUUAUAACGAGGCGUGUCACCCUCUGCGCGUUCGCCAGGUGGACGGGUUACCCGCUCAUUACAGUCACAAUCUCGAUUGGAACCUCGGGAUCAUCCCGCAGACGUGCUCCUGCCGCCAAGGGGACAACGUCAGAGGGGAUCUUCAGUCCCAAUCUGGCAAUGGCAAGUCGUGCGACAACGCGGGUGACAAUGAGUGUGACAAGGCGUGCGACGGCGCGUGCGACCAGCACGCACCAUUGGAGGUGAUCGAAAUCGGGAGCGGGGAGGCUCGAGUGGGGCAGGUGUAUCUGGUGAAGCCGCUGCUCGCGUUCCUUGUUGUCAGUCCCGAUCUGAAAUCCUCCUGGAAGAUCGUGGCCGUUGAUUCGUCGGAUCCGAUGGCUGCGGCGCUGCUGGAUUCGCUAAGUGGUUACCCGGUUUGGCUGGAGGCGAAGCUGCUCCAAAUCGUGGAGUGGCUGAAAUACUACAAGUGUAACACCGUGUUCGAUCCGCCGAGCACCAUCGCGGGUCCAGUCCCCUCCUGCCCCAGUUUCUCUUUCCCUCCCUUGAACCCCCCCCCUGGUAUGCCUUCUCCCCUGCCCUCUCCCCUGCCCUCUCCCCGGCCUUCUCCCCUGCCCUCUCCCCUGCCCUCUCCCGUGCCCUCUCCCCUGCCCUCUCCCCGGCCUUCUCCCCUGCCCUUUGAUACGAGCUCUGGCUCCGAUAACUUAGCCAGACGAGGGAAGUACGAUAUCCACCGGCGCGCCCAUACGUGGUCAGAACAUCUAGAGCUGCUGCUGCCGGAUUCACAGGAGUCACAGGAAUCAUUGGAAUCACUGGGAGGAGCAGCACAUGUGCAACGGGGAGGAGGAGGAGCAGCAGCAGCAGCAGCAGCAGCAGUGCAGCAAGAACUGCAGGCUCAACAAAGGCCCGUGUCCCCGCUCCCUCCCAAGAGCCCCAAGAGCCCCAAGAGCCCCAGGGUCCCUCGUGGCUCGCAUGCCCGUGCAGGCUCACUACCCCGGCAAAGAACACCUGAGAGGCGCCGCAAUGAGUGGGAUGAGUCUCCUGCUGCUGCUGCUGGUGCGACCAGGGCCUGUGGUUCUUCUCACAACGUUUGGGACGUGUCUCGUGGGGAUGGAAGCAACUCGUUGUUGGAAUUCACAUUUGAGAUGUCGCCUCCCGCAGAGCCAGGCUGCAACUCGCUGGGAGGCCUGGCUGGCUCAAUCAGCCGUGGCUAUCAUGCCGUGGAGCGGCGAGGGCGUGUGGAGUUGGAAGCCGGCCCUGGAGCAGGCCAGCCAUGCACGCAACCGCCUGCUGCUGCUGCUGCUGCUGCUGCUGCUGCUGCUGCUGCUGCUGCUGCUGCUGCUGCUGCUGCUGCUGCUGCUGCUGCUGCUGCUGCUGCUGUUGCUGUUGCUGACACGUCUAGUGCUGCUGACAUGGCUAGUGCUGCUGCUGCAGCUGCCGCAGGGAAAGAAGGAGAUUCGUGUUCGUAUGACGAGGGAGAUGAGAGUAAGAGUGCUUCUAACGAAGGAGUGUGUAGUGAAACAAUGUCUGUGUGUGUGUCUGGGGAUGAUCCCUCAGUGGAUGCCCUAUGUGAAGAGAAUCUCGCUGGGAACGCCUCUAGGGAGAGAGCCAGCUGUAGCACUAAAGGCAGGGACAGUAGGGAUUGCUUCAAUGACAGCGAGGAAGGGAGCACGGGGAACGGCUGUAGCAGGGGAGCAGCACACAGGAGCCGCAGCAUGGAAAGGAGCAUGCAGGGCAUGCGCAAUUGUAGCAUUUCAUUUGAAAGGCCGCCAGAGAGAUCCAAUACGGGUGGCAGGCGGUCGCUGCACCGCCGGAGUGCCUCCGAAUGCCCGUUCGAACGCGCCUUUGGCCGCGCCUCCUUUGGACGAAGCCUGCAGCGCAGCGACAGUGUGGGCAGUGGGUUCAGCGGGGGCAGCGGGGGCAGUGUGGGGAGUGUGGGCAGUGCGCGGUUGGUGUGUGAGCGCAUCUUGAGUGCAUGUGACGUGUCUCCUGUGCCCAUCAUCCUCUCCUCUCAUCUGGGCAGCAUGGGGCCGCCUAGACGGGCUCGCACGGCCGAGAGACCGUCGAGGCAGAGACCUGCAGAGAGCACCUGCCUCUUUCUCCCCGGCCUGCCCCACUGGACCAAGCGGUCGCUCCCUCGCUCGCUGCGCAUCUCCCGCUCGCUGCUCUCCUUUCAAGAGAGCGCCCUGCUGGAGCACCGCCAGGAGUCCGCCCUCCUGCAGGGGAGGGCUGGCAGAAACGAGAGGGGAAAAGAUGGGGAAAACGAGCUAUGGAGUGAGAUCAACGGGGAGAGCAACGAGGGGAGCAUUGAGGAGAGUAAUGAGAAGCAACAAGGGAAGAGGAGCGUGCGAGUGAGAAGCGAGAGCUCUCUUUUGUCAGCAGCAUCAGCAGGAGUAGCAGCGCCAGUGUCCCCUGGAGAGUCCAUCCGAGCGGCCGUGGCCGUCUAUUCCGCCUCUAGAGAGUUCUGGCGGCCCCCCUCCACCCCCAAGCCUGUUAUGGAUGGCAGAGCGAAGCAAGCCAAGCUGAGCCUCCCCAGGUACUCCCCCCCUAUACCACCUAUCGGGCUGGAGAAGCUAAUGGAGAGUGCAGCAGGGGGAGGUGGGACUGGGGCAGGUGGGACUGGUGGGACUGGUGGGAGUGGUGGGACUGCUGGGUUUGCUGGGUUUGGUCUGUUUGGUGGUGGGAGUGGGAGUUGGGGGUUGGGAACGGGGUGGUGGGAUGCCGGGGAGGGUGAGGAAAGUGGAAAAGAAGGUCAGGAGGGGAAGGAGGAGACGGGAGAGGCGGGAUGGGCUGGAUUUGAAGGUUUGGCGGAUGUGGCAUGGGGGAUGGUGUGGGGGGAACGAGGGGGUGGAGGUGGGGAGGGGCCGAGCGAGGAGAAGAAAGAGGGGGGCGUGAGUGAAGGUGUGGGGGAGGCUUUGCGAGGUAAAAAAGAAGAACUAGUAGUGGGGGGAGGAGAGGAGAAAGGAUUGGCUGCGGGAGAGAAGCAUAGAGAGGGGGAUGAGGAGGGAGACUCAGGGCAAAUUGCAGAAGAGGGGGUGAAAGGAGGCGGUUGA